AUGGCUGGAGAAAAAAUCAUCAACUUUAAAUUAGAUGCUCAUACCAUUGAAAAGUUGACAAAGCAAAAGUCGCUUCACGUUGCUUAUAGGAAAUCAGGCGUUUUGGAACUUGUCAUGGAUGAUGCUCGAAUAAGACUCGAUACAAUGAAGGGAUCUAAAUCGCCUCGAGCUGCUGACGCCACCUACUACAAUAACAACUCCAGCACGCUCCAUUACCUAGGCGAUACAGUAGUUGCUACACCUAUUAUUCGAAAGAUACAAGAGGAGAAGAAACCCAAAGCCAAGGAUUCUGCCGAACAACGGGACAAGGUGACCCGAUUGUUAGAUAUACCCAGCACAACAGCAACAUCAACAACAGCACCAGAGACGAAAUCAAAGACAACAUCUAGCUUGAAAAAGCCGAGUUCCAACAAAAAGUCAAAACCAACCAACAGUAUACCACCCACACCCACCACACCUUUAUCGGCUUCGUCCUCGUCUUCCAGAGCUACACAGAAGACAUUGAAAUCAUCCAAAUCAUUUGACCCUGCUGUAACAAAGACAACAGCGCCCUCUGAGGAGAAAUACUCUAUGAAGUCUCGCAUCUUGCAGCGACUAGCUAUACAGCCAUGGUCUUUGAUUGAGAUGACGAAAUCAUUGAACCGAUCUCAAUUGGAACGCUGCGAGCAAUUGGAAGUGAAGCACAUUUUGGACAUGGUGGCAUUCCCCAUCAAGAAGGAUGAACGCAAAAAGUUCUGCCUCAAGCCAAAACACUACAAAGACAUACAGAUUUGGACUUGGCCAUUUUAUUCAAAUGAAGACAAGAAGAUUGCCGCUGAGAAUGCAAAGGAAGCUUACGAUUUAUUACAGAGUCAAGGUGUAGACAGUGAUCGAUCCAACCUGUAUCAUCCCGAUUCACCUUAUAAACCACCUGCCAUGACCAGCCCCAUGCUUGCCAACGGUAAAAAGAUAGCGUCGCCUCUAAGUAGUCGAAAAACAUCCUCCUCCUCUUCCUCUUCGGCACAGCAGCAGCAGCAGCAGCAAGAAAAGGGUAAGGGUAGAUUAACGCCUGUAGAUCAUGCUUCUCCCAGUACACCAUUGAUGAAAUUAGCUGCUUCCCCGCUACAAAACAAACCCAUUACACCGACACCACCAUCAGCAACCAUGACGCCACCCCCACUGCCUUCUUCAUCACAGAGCACACCCACACAGCAUUAUUUGAAGCCUUCUUCGGCCAACAAGAAAUAUGGUUCCAAAGCAUUACCUCAACAGAAUGGCACCACCACCAGUGCUUCAACGCCCACUGAAAAGUUAUCCCCGCCAACAAAAAGAAAGAACAUGAUGAUGGAUGAUGUGGAUGUGCCUAGCCAGAAUGCGCUGGUCAUGCCAACUCCUCGGCACAAAAAGAGAGCAAAGGAAUCAUCAUCUGCAGCCAUCUCCUCUACUCCUACACCACCUAUUAGCAAAUCUAGCAAAAUGGCGUUACCUACCUCAGCAGCACCCACACCGGCUGCUGCUACACCCACCAUGACUACUGCUUUACCACCACCUCCUCCUUCUCCUCCAACGAACAAGGAACCCACCAGCAUCAAACCCCUCAACAUCAAGAGUCAACACAAAUUCAAUGCCUACUGCCACAGUUAUGUAAAACAACAAAAGGACUAUAUUCGCAUUAAACGAUUUUUCAAGAGCAAUUUUCCUCAAUACAUUCAAGUCUUGCAAGCGACAGAGCCGCCCAAGGGCACAAAACGAUCCUACUACGAUUUGAAUGCUGAAUACCAAGCCAUGUUGAAAUCAAAUUACCUCAAGCAAGGCGAUGAUGAACAAGCCUUCAAAGAAGCGCAAGACUUUUUGGUGGAUUGCAAUAAUAAGCGCAGAAGAUUGAAUUACAUGUGGACUUCGAUCAAACAGAAUUUGGAUGAACAUCAGUACACUAUUCCAAAGAACUUGUGCAAGUAA